GUGCUGUAUUCCCGGCAAUGCCAGCAGUUUAAUAUGAGGGAUUAAAAGGACCCGGAUCUGGAACCCCGCGAAGAUCACAAGUAUCAACCGGAACGGAUUUCAAAACACGGUAUAGCGCUGAGGGAAUACAUGACUGACGAAGAUGAGAGCAGGGCGUUUUAUUCAUUGAAUUUACCCACCGCUGGAUGGGUGACAAUUCAUAAUGAGGGUUUGUCAGAUGUCAGAAGAUCUUCGCUGCUGCUCCUGGAAGACAAAGCGGUGGGUGUAAACAAAAUAAAUACAAAAAAUCGCUUCCUUGUUCCACCUUCGGAGGAUUGGCACGUUGGCCUGACAUCAUUGGCUGGUCGUUGGGAAUGAAUCAUCGCCUUCAUCAGGGGGGGUCAGGGAUGCUGCCACUGUCACUGCGACCUUAAAAAAAAAAAGACACCACCACGGACAAAACCCACACGGCGUGUCACCGUUCAACGACAAUUACAAAACCUGCCAGGAGCCAGCAUGGAGGAAAUCCUGCGAAAGCUGCAGAAAGACGCGUCCGGCCACAAGCACAAGGCUAUCCGCGAUGCCUGCGUCUACGCCCGCGAAACCCUGGAGUCUCCGAAUGGAUCGGCCAAGAUUUCCCCUUCACAGCUCCGAGAGCGCUGUCUGCUGCCUCUACAGAUGGCCCUGGAGUCUAAAAACACCAAACUGGGACAGACGGCGCUUACUGGAAUGCAGAAGCUCCUGUGCGAGGACCGGUUUAUGGGUGGAGUCGGCGUGGAGGUGGAGGUCCUGGAGAAGCAGCUGCUCAGCCAGAUGUUGGAGGCCAUCCGAGUCACCCCGUCCCUCCACGAAGACCUGCAGGUGGAAGUCAUGAAGGUCCUGCUGUGUAUCACCUACUCCCCAAACUUUGACAUUAACGGAGACUCCAUCCUCCGCAUCGCUGAGGUGUGUAUCGAGACCUACGUGUCCAGCUGUCACCAGCGCAGCAUCAACACGGCGGUCCGAGCCACGCUGAGCCAGAUACUGGGAGACCUGACGCUGCAGCUACGACACAGACAAGAGGGUGCAGAUGGAGAAGAAGUGACUGCUCCACCGAUGCAUAGAAGAGAUGUGUCCCCGACCAGCCAGGCUCUGUGUGAAGACGUGGUGACGGUUCUGACAGUUUUCUGUGAAAAACUGGAGUCCGUGGACAGUGAUAACCAGCUCCUGCAGCUGCUCUACCUGGAGUGCCUCCUCUCCAUGCUCAGCAGCUGUCCUCCCACAAUGCACCUGUCCAGAGGUUUCACCGACCUCGUGUGGAAGCAGCUGUGUCCGUCCCUCGUGGCCAUCAUGGGAAAUCCUGUCAACGACAAAACCAUCACCUCCCACCACGGCUACAUGGGGGCGCCGGAGCGCCUCUCUGAUAGACUCAGUCUAGGACUCAGCCACGAGGUGGACUGUUUCGGUGGGGGGGUAUCCGAUCAAGGCAGAGGGUCGGGCUGUUCCUCCAGCGCCCCCGCCAGGAUAGCGCCGGUAGUGCGGACGGUGUGCUACGUGGCGGCGGAGCUGGUGCGCCUGGUGAGCUGCGUGGAGUCGAUGAAGCCCGUGCUGCAGUCGCUCUACCACCGGAUCCUGCUGUACCCGCCGCCACAGCACCGCACCGAGGCCAUCCGCAUCAUGAAGGAGAUUCUGGGCAGUCCCCAGCGGCUGUACGACCUGGCCGGUCCGUGCGUGGUGGAGCCUGAAACCAGGAAGCGCUCCUUCUCCAAGAGGAAGUCCCACCUGGACCUGCUCAAACUAGUGAUGGACGGGAUGACCGAGGCCUGUAUGAAGGGAGGCAUCGAGGCGUGUUACUCCUCGGUGUCCUGCGCCUGCGCUCUCCUCGGGGCGCUGGACGAACUGUCGAAGGGCCGUGGCAUCCAAUCCGAGCAGGCUCGGCUUCUGCUCCGGCGACUGGACGACCUGAAAGAUGGGACCGAGUCGACGCGCGAGUCCAUGGAGAUCAACGAGGCCGACUUCAGGUGGCAGAGACACGUCCUGUCCUCUGAGCAGGCUCCCUGGGACCCUGCCUCCACCUCCUCCAACGCCGCGGCCGCCGCAGCCGCCGAGCGCAGCCCCGACGUCAGCAUCAGCAUCACCACGGAGACGGGCCAAACCACCGUGGACGUGGAGGUGGGCGAGAUCGGCGCGGAUCUGGGCCAAGCCACUCCCGAGGAGUGUGGCGAGGACGCGCGCCUCCCCUCGUCCUCCGUCUGCGGCGGCCGGGAGGGGGCCGAGCGCGAAGGAGAGAGAGGAGCGGUGGUUCCUCCAGACGUGGUGCAGCGAAGUCACGGCCUCGUCUACCCCGACAUCACCAACUUCCUGUCUGUGGAGUCCCGAACCAGGCCGCACCACGGAGGGGGGUCACGGUACAGCGAGAGCAACUUUAGCAUGGAGGAGCAGGACUUGUCCCGGACCGAGUUUGACUCGUGUGACCAGUACUCCAUGGCCGCCGAGAAGGACUCGGGCCGCUCCGACGUGUCCGACAUCGGCUCCGACAACGCCUCGCUGGCCGACGAGGAGCAGCAGACGCCUCGCAACUGCCCGGGCCACCGCUCGCUGCGCACCGCCGCGCUGUCCCUCAAACUGCUGCGCAACCAGGAGGCGGACCAGCAGAGCGCCCGGCUGUUCGUCCAGGCGCUCGCGGCGCUGCUGCCCCGGCUGCUGGGACUGGCCACGGCCGCCGAGGUGGACCUGUCGCUGCAGAACUUCUCCUCCACCUUCUGCUCCGGUCUGCAGGCCGGUGGGAUCCACUCUCCGGGCUUCGAGAGCGGCGACACGCUGAGCUGUCAGUCUCUGAUGAACGCCGACGGCCUCUACCUGGUGUCCUACUACGCCCUCCUGCUCAAUCUCAAGCUCUGCUGCUGCGACUUCUACAGGCGCCGGACGCUCGCGCCCGUCCUCAGCCUGAAGGAGUUUGUGCGUCUGAUCCAGAGCAGCGGGGUCCUUGUGGUUCUGUCUCAGGCCUGGAUCGAGGAGCUCUACCACCAGGUGUUAGAGCGCAACCUGCUGGCCGAGGCCGGGUACUGGGGCUCGCCAGAAGACCACACACUGCCACUCAUCACCAUGCUCACAGAUAUUGACGGGCUGGGCAGCAGUGCGAUCGGAGGCCAGCUGAUCAGGAGGGCGUCCAGCCAAUCACCGCUCAGCUGUGGCAAGGCUGGCAGUGACACUGCGAUGGCAGGAGCAGUGUUCUCCCGCUUCAUCCUCACCGGCGUGUGGAAGAACCUGAUGGACGUGCUGUCCACGCCGCUGACGGGCCGCAUGGCGGGCAGCUCCAAGGGCCUGGCGUUUAUCCUGGGAGCGGAGGGGGUCAAAGAGCAGAGCCAGAGGGAGAGAGACACCAUCUGUCUGAGUCUGGACGGCCUGCGCAAAGCGGCUGCGCUCAGCUGCGCCCUCGGUGUGGCUGCCAACUGUGCCUCGGCGUUGGCCCAGAUGGCUGCAGCCUCCUGUGUGCAGGAAGAGAAAGAGGAGAAGGAGGCGGGAGAGAUGGGCGACGCCAUCACACAAGUAAAGCAGCGCGUUGAACAGCGUCUGGAGCAGAUGGGUCGUCCUCAGGGAGUUCGCCUCCACACGGCUCACGUGCUGUGUAUGGACGCCAUCCUGAACGUAGGACUGGAGAUGGGUAGCCAUAAUCACGACUGCUGGCCGCAUGUUUUCAGGGUGACUGAGUACAUCAGCUCGUUGGAGCACAGCCACUUCAGCGACGGCUCGGCCCAGCCGUCCUCUCUGACCCCCAUCAGCCAGCAGAGCCAGCAGGCCGCCGGCGUGGACCUGGGCAUGGAGCUGAGCUGCGAGCCCAGCCCGGAGGCCUCGGAGCUGGGCCUGAGCCAGCCCGUCAUCCAGCCUCUGUCCAUCCAGGAGCUGCUGAGGGAGAGCAGCCGGGGCCGAGGGCUGGAGCUGAAGAGCGGCAGCCUGAUGACGGGGAACAGCGCUGCCAAGGCUGUGUGCACGCUGUCAACACAGACUGACAGGUUGUUUGAAGAAGCAGCUACCAAGCUGAACCUGGUUGGUCUGGUCGGCUUCCUGCAGCAGCUCCGGAAAGCUUCUCAGUCUCAGCUGUUUGACUCCGUUACUGAGACUGGAGACUAUUCACUGGCAAUGCCAGGCGAGGCCAAGUCGACGCUGGACCGACGCAGCGCUCUGCAUCUCUUCCGCCUGGGCGAGGGCAUGCUGAGGAUCGUCAUGAACAAGAACCGCCCUCUGCUGCACAUGAUGAGGGCCUGGAGCGUGGUGGCCCCACACCUGGUCGAGGCGGCGUGUCACAAGGAGCGCCACGUGUCCCAGAAGGCCGUUUCCUUCAUCCACGACGUUCUGACGGAGGUGCUGACGAGCUGGGCGGAGCUUCCACACUUCCACUUCAACGAGGCGCUGUUCAGGCCCUUCGAGCACAUCAUGCAGCUGGAGCUGUGUGACGAGGACGUACAGGACCAGGUGAUAACGUCCAUAGGAGAGCUGGUGGAGAUGUGUUCUCCUCAGAUCCUGUCAGGGUGGAGGCCUCUGUUCAGCGCCCUGAGGACCGUCCACAGCAGCAAGACAGACACCAAAGACUACCUGCUGGGAGAAUACUCCAUGGGGAAGUCCCAGGCUCCAGUGUUCGAUGUCUUCGAGGCUUUCAUCAACACCGAUAACAUCCAGGUGUUUGCCAACGCGGCCACUGACUACAUCAUGUGCCUCCUGAAGUUUGUCAAAGGCUUAGGAGAGGUGGACUAUAAGGAGAUCGGAGACUGUGUCCAUGUGUCGGGUUACAGCUCCACCGACCUCUGCCUGCCUGCUCUGGACUAUCUCCGCAGAUGUUCGCAGCUGCUGGCAAAGAUCUACAAGAUGCAGUCCAAGCCGGUGUUCCUGGGGGCGCGGCUCGCCAGCCUGCCCCUGAGAUCGCAGGAGCGCUCGAUCAGCACCGAGGACGGGAUGGACUGCGUCCUGCAGGAGUUUGACGACGACACGGGUCUGAUCCAGGUGUGGAUUUUGUUGCUGGAGCAGCUCACAGCAGCGGUGUCCAACUGUCCCCGCCAACACCAACCUCCAACCCUGGAGCUGCUCUUCACUCUGCUCAGAGAGGUCGCCACUGUGCCAGGCCCGGGGUUCGCCAUCUUCGCCGUCAUCCAGCUGCUGCUUCCCGUGAUGUCCCUGUGGCUGCAGCGUAGCCACGGCGACCACUCCUACUGGGACGUGGCGGCCGCAAACUUCAAGCACGCCAUCGGCCUGUGCUGCGAGCUGGUGGUGGAGCACGUCAACAGUUUCAUACACUCGGAUAUUGGUUACGAGUCUUUGAUCAACCUGAUGUUGAAGGAUCUGUUCAAGCUUCUGGUGGCUUGUGUGUCUGAGCCUGCAGAGACCAUCUCCAGAGUGGGCUGCUCCUGCAUCAGGUAUAUUUUGGUCACAGUGGGUCCAGUGUUCACGGAAGAAAUGUGGCGGUUGGCCUGCUGUGCUCUGCAGGAUGCUUUCUCUGCUACGCUAGAGCCUGUCAAGAACCUUCUGGCGUGUUUCCACAGCGGUUCAGACAGUUUUUCGGGAGACGCCUGUGAAGUGAAGGUGGCCGCUCCGUCCCACUCUGCUGCAGCUGAGGCGGAGUACUGGCGGAUCAAAGCCAUGGCUCAGCAGGUCUUUAUGUUGGACACCCAGUGCUCGCCGAAGACGCCCAACAACAAGGAGGGCUUUGAGCACGCUCAGUCCUGCGUUCUCAUCAUCGAGCUGCCGACAGACCAGCAGGCCAACGGACACACACAGAAGAGGAUCCCCUUCAGGACCAUCGUGGUGAGCCUGCUGUCCCACCAGGUCCUGCUCCAAAACCUCUACGACAUCCUGCUGGAGGAGUUCGUCAAGCAUCCCGACGGAACCGAAAGCGUCACCCCCGUGACCUCUGACCCCAGCCGGGCCGCUGCAGGCUUCCUGCGCUACAUCUCCAUGACUAACUUAGCCAUAAUCCUUGAUCUGCUGCUGGACUCUUACAGGACAGCGCGGGACUUUGACACCCGGCCCGGUCUGAAGUACCUACUGAUGAAGGUGUCGGGGGUUUCUGGCGCGGCUAAUCUGUACCGUCAGUCCGCCAUGAGCUUCAACCUGUACUUCCAGGCCCUGCUGUGCGCCACACUGAGCCAGGCCGACAGCAUGACCGCACAGCAGGUGAAGAGGAUGCUGUAUGAGGAAGAAGAGGGGAGCUCUGACUCUUCUCACCCUGGCUCUGCUUCCUCAGAGGACGAAGACAUCUUUGAAGAAACAGCACAGGUCAGCCCCCCCCGCGGCCGGGAUAAGCGCCACCACUGGCGGGCGCCCAUCCCGUCCCUGAGCGUGCAGCCGCUGAGCAGCGCGGACUGGGCCUGGCUGGUCAAACGCCUCUACAAGCUGUGCAUGGAUCUGUGCAACAGCUACAUUCAGAUGCACCGCGACCUGGAGAGCACGCUGGAGGACAUGGCGCUGCUGAGGGGAGGAGCGGGAGGCGCGGGAGAGCACGUCUUCUUCCUGCCCCUCUUCCAGUCGGAGACUUCCACCCCGACUUCGGCGGGCGGGCUGUCGGCGCAGGGGACGCCGUCGGAGGAAGGCGGGUACAGGGGUCAGGCGGCGGACAGGGCAGCGUCGCCGGGAGACACGCCCACACCCAGCCCAGGAUUCAGCUGCACGGGCAGUCUGCCCCCCCACUUCAGGUCCGGAGGCGAGAGGAGGGACUCCGGCCUCGCAGGAAGCUCUGCAGGCGCAGCUCCUGUCAGCGCCGGCCCGGGAAGGAGAAAGGAAUGGUGGGAAAGCGCCGGGAACAAGCUGUACACCAUCGCCACGGACAAAACCAUCAGCAAGCUGAUGAUGGAGUACAAACGCCGGAAGCAGCAGCAGCAGCAGCAGGCGCAGCAGAGCCACGUCAACCUGUUUAUGAAGGAGCAGGGCCGUGCGGCUGGGGCUGCAGCAGGAGGAGGAGGUGCGGGCGGGGAGAGGAGGGGCCCCGUGGAGCCACAAAGGGCCCCGCAGAGGCCCCAACAUCUGGUGGACCAGCAGGGUCCCGCUCUGAGGCACUCUGUCAGCGCGGGGCCGGAGGUCCUGAGGCAGGAGAAGAGACCUCGGUCAGCAUCCACCAUCAGCUCCCACAGCAUCUCGCUGAGGGACUCGGAGGCUCAGAUACAGGCGUGGACCAACAUGGUCUUGACUCUCCUGAACCAGGUCCUCCUGCUGUCAGAUUCCUCCUUCCUGGCGCUCCAGCCGGCGCUCUACCCCUGCCUCAGCCAGCUGUCCUGCCACGCGGAUUCACGCCGCCCCGCGCAGGCGUUGCGCGAGUGGCUGGGCCGCGUCGGCAGGCUCUACGACAUCAUCGUGGGACGCCGCAGCGGAGAAACGCAAAAAAAAAACACCGGGCGGAAGAGCGGCGGUCUGUCGGGUCAGUGAAGGACGUAAAACAGAUGAAGUGGACUGGUUUGAUGCCGUCCGUGCGACGGCGCCGCUGUGCGGUAGAUUGGAAAAGGGUUUGAUUGGCUGAUGAUGGCAACGCAAAGGCAGACUGUGACAUCAUAAUCCCAAUACAAGUGGUGGAACAAGUGACGAUAAAAAAAAAAAAAAAUGGAUUCGUGGCAUUUUUGAAGAACACUGGCGAACAUGGUUCUUUGUCUAUAAUAGAAAUGCUUUUGAGAAGUGAAUGUGCCCAGUUCUGCCUCUUUUUGUUCAGUUGAAGUUGUUCAUUUUACACAUACACACACACACACACACACACACACACACACACACACACACACACACGAAGCUUUUAAUAUGAUUUGCUUAUUAGUUUGAAAAACUGAUUUGCAGAAUUGCUCCUAAUCUUGUCACAGUAUUGUCAUAUCGCCACAAUAUGCUUCCACUAAGCUCAUAAAUACGUAAUUACAUUAAUGUGGAUGCAGACACAAAGCUUGAUUUAUGGUUUUGCGUUGAAUCUACGCCGUAGAUACGUACCUACAUAGGUGCGUACGUAGGUAGGCGUAUUAGGGAUGUCACAUGAACUGGUACUUUGGUACCAAGUCGGUACCCCUCCUCUCCACGACAAAACAGUGACAGAAAUUUAAGAGGAAAAAGACCCCCUAAGUGUUAUCCUUGUUCUCCUAAAAUACGCGUUACCUGUAUAAUGGAGGACGUGGGACUUAUUGUAUUGUAUUUUACCGUGGUAUCGAAUUGGAAAUUAAAAAUCAUGAAAUUUCACUGGUAUUGGUAUCGAUGACUUUUUUUAUUCUUUUUCUCUUUUUACACACCGUGGUAUGGACGGUGUUAUCGAGUAUCGUGUACUUUUGGUGGUAACGGUACCCACUACUACAUUUUUGGUAGUCUAUAUAUUUGAACGUACACGUACGACGAUUCUGAUUGGUUUAAAGAAAUGCCAAUAAACCAGAACAGGUUUUUCUCCCGUCCCGGAAUGCUGUGUGGACUAGCCAGACCCUCCUCCGCAACGCUGUGGAGGAAGGUCCGGCAAAGCGAGACUACAUUGUUGGUAUCGUGACAUCCCUAAUGCGUAGAGACGGACCCUACACCGUAGCCCGACGCGCACCUUCCCCAGA